CACACAUUGACAGUACUAUUAAUAACAUUCCACAUUAUUUUCAGCAAGUGAGUUUUCAGUUUUCAGUUUUCACCUUCUCCAAUGGCUUGCAUUAGAAACCAAAGAAGUUCUUCAUCACAAACAAAGAAUUUUGAUGUGUUUGUGAGCUUUAGAGGAACGGAUACCCGAAAUAAUUUCACUGGUCACCUUUUUGCAGCUCUUGAGAGGAAAGGUAUUGUUGCCUUCAAAGAUGACCAAAAAAUCAAGAAAGGGGAACUCUUGGAACCUGAGCUCUUACAGGCAAUCGAAGGAUCACGUGUUUUCAUUGUUGUCUUCUCAAAGGACUAUGCAUCAUCCACAUGGUGCAUGAAAGAGCUCCAAAAGAUCGUUGAUUGGGUUCAAGAAACCGCUCGAAGUGUUCUCCCUGUUUUCUAUGAUGUCACUCCUUCCGAAGUUCGAAAACAAAGUGGAAAGUUCGGAGAAGCUUUUGCUAAACAUGAAGAAAGGUUUAAAGAUGACUUGGAAAUGGUACAAAUAUGGAGGGAAGCUCUAAAAACAAUUACAAAUCGUUGUGGGUGGGAUGUACAAAAUAAGCCACAACAUGAAGAAAUUGAAAAAAUUGUUGAGGAGGUAAUAAAUUUAUUGGGUCAUAAUCAAAUUUUGAGUUUUGAAGAUGAUUUAGUUGAUAUGGAUUUUCGUGUGAAACAAUUGGAAGAACUUCUAGAUCUUGAUGUAGAUGAAGUUGCUCGAGUUAUAGGAAUUUGUGGGAUGGGUGGUAUAGGAAAGACAACACUCGCAACUGCUUUGCUUAAUAAAAUUUCUCCCCAAUUUGAUGCUUGUUGUUUCAUAGAUGAUAUAAACAAGAUUUAUGAGAAUUUUGGACCGACGGGUGUGCAAAAAAAACUUCUUUGUCAAGUUCUAAACCAAGGAAAUAUAGAGAUAAACAAUAUUUUCCAAGGAACCAUGUUGGUGAGAACUAGGUUAUGUCACUUAAAGUCACUUAUUUUUCUUGAUAAUGUUGAUCAAGUUGAACAAUUAGAGAAAUUGGCUUUGCAUCCUAAAUAUCUAGGUGCAGGGAGUAGGAUCCUCAUAAUCUCUAGAAAUAGUCAUAUCUUGAGAAAUUAUGGAGUGGAUAAAGUUCACAAUGUUCAAUUACUAAAUACAAAUAAAGCUCUUCAAUUAUUUUGCAGAAAAGCUUUCAAAUCCGAUGAUAUUUUGAAUGAUUAUGAACAGUUAACAUAUGAUGCACUAAAAUAUGCUGGUGGCCUUCCUUUAGCAAUUAAAGUCUUAGGCUCAGAUUUGUUUGAUCGAGACAUUUAUGAGUGGAGAAGUGCAUUGGCUAGACUAAAAGAAAAUCCAAAUAGUGAUAUCAUGGAUGUGUUGCGAAUAAGUUUUGAUGGAUUGAAGGAAAUGGAAAAAGAAAUAUUUCUAGAUAUUGCUUGUUUCUUUUCUAGUGAAAACAGAAAAGGAAAACUCUCUCCUUGGUAUUGGAUGGAAGAUGUGAAGAAACUUCUAGACUAUCGUGGAUUUUAUCCUGACAUUGGUAUGAAAGUUCUCAUUGAAAAAUCACUCAUUAGCUGUAAGAAUAGAAUAAUUCAAAUGCAUGACUUGCUAAAAGAGUUGGGUAGGACUAUCGUUCGAGAAAAAUCACCAAAAGAACCAAUAAAGUGGACCAGACUUUGGGAUGGCAAGGAUCUUCAUAACAUCAUGAUAAAAAACAAGGUAGCCAAAAACCUUGAAGCCAUAGUUAUUGAACAACAUCCACCAGAGUUUCAAGAAACAACAUUGCCAGCGAAUGCUCUAUCAAAAAUGAAUCAUCUUAAGUUGGUCAUACUUCAAAAUGGGAAUUUUUCAGGGAGUCUCGAUUAUCUUUCAAAUGAAUUAAGAUAUCUAUAUUGGGAUGAAUAUCCUUCCAGAUGUUUGCCAUCAAGUUUUUAUCCUGAGAAAAUAGUAGAAUUGUUGUUGCCUUGUAGCAAUAUCAAACAGCUAUGGGAAGGAACAAAGUAUCUGCCUAAUUUGAUAAGGCUAGAUCUCAGAUACUCCAAAAAUCUUACUAAGAUGCCAGACUUAAGAGGAGUCCCACGUCUUAGGUAUCUCAAUCUUUGCGGAUGUAUAGAAAUUGUGUGGAUGGAUCCAUCCAUUGGUAUUCUAAGAGAACUUGUUUUUUUGAGUUUGAGAAAUUGUAAAAAGCUUUUAAUUGAUCUGAAUAUCAUUUUUGGGCUCAAUUCUCUUGAAGUGCUAGAUCUCGCAGGCUGUUCAAAAUUACUUAAUACUAGACUGUUGAAGAAACCAAAGGAGACAGAACAUUUGGAAAAGGUUGACACAAACAAAAAUGCUAUCCAAUUAUCAACAUCCUCUGUAUAUGAAAUUCUAAUGUUGCCUUUCAAUUUCCUUUCCAAUCGCAAACAUGAAGAUUCACUUGGUUCGUUGGUGCCUUAUUUGCCUCGUUUCUCAUGUUUGCUUUGUCUUAAUCUGAGCCUCUGCGAGCUACUUCACAUCCCUGAUGCUAUUGGGAACUUACAUUCUUUACAAAUCUUAAAUUUGGGGGGAAACAAAUUCGUGAGACUACCUACUACCAUCAAGGAACUUUCCAAUCUUUAUCGUUUAAACUUGGAGCACUGCAAACAGUUGAAAUAUUUGCCCGAACUUCCAAAAUUAAAAGAAACAAAAUCUGGAGAUUUUUUUGGGGAAUUAUAUAUUUUUAGUUGCCACAAUUUGAAUGAAAUGGAACAUUGUCAUCGUAUUGUUUUUUGUUGGAUGACACAAAUCUUUAAGGCUAUAUUACAAUCCUCUCUUUCCAUGGGUAAGAUUGAGAUUAUCAUUCCUGGAACUCAAAUUCCAAGGUGGUUCAGUGAACAAAAUGUGGGUAGUUCAAUAAGCAUGGACCUAUCUCAUGUUAUGGAAGACCCAAAUUGGAUAGCUGUUGCCUUUUGUGCUAUGCUAGUGGCACAUCAUGAUGAUUCUACUAAUUUGAAUGAUAGAUGGCAACCUGACGAUUCUGUAACUAUUGGAUAUAGUUUUCAAAAUAAUCAGGUUUUUCAGAAAUCAUUUUGGGUAGUUCCAACAGCUUUAAACAUUGGUCUGAUCACGGGUGAAAUAGAUCACUUGUACAUAUUGUUUCUUUCUCGGGAAAGACUCAUUGAUUGUCGAAGUCCAUAUGAAGAUGAAAUUAGUGAUCUUCAUCAAAUGGGAUUCACAAUGGCCAUAUUUAAUCAGCCUAAAGAUUUGCAUUUUGAGGUGAAAAAUUGCGGGUAUCGUUGCGUAUUUAAGGAGGAUCUUGAACAAUUAAACCUAAACAUGAUGUUUAGUGGAAAUUCUUCAUCUAGUAAAUGCAAGCUUUUAACAAGUGAUUAGCUACACAUCAUUCAUUGAACUUGUUCAUGGAAAACGUAGAAACCUCUUUUCAACUACAAUUCCAUCCAAGAAAUACUAAUCCAUUAGAGGGUAAAGUCAAUGUUACUCGAGAAUAUUGUUUAAAGCGAUAGUAUAAGCAUAUUUGGUCUUGGAUUGUAAUGAAUUGUAAAUUAUGAUCCGUAUCAAUUAUCACGAUUUCAAGAAAAAUAAUGUACAGUAUAAAUUUUGAUAUAAGUUUCUAAUAAUGAUCCUUUUCUUUUUGCUUGAAUUAAAUGUGAUGGUCUAACUCUUUUAUUCAAUUUACCGAAGUGAAUUAUUUGAUAUA